CCUUGGAAGGGUCUUAACCGAAAGAGGGCGGGGGCAGGGCGCCAACAAACGGCUGAGAUCACAAUCCGUCUGGGACCAGGCCGGGGCGUUCCCCUACGUCCAUGGAGAGAGCCAGGCCCGAGCCGUUGCCUCAGCCACGCCAACUGCCGCGGGCGACCCCGCCGCGUCCACUGCGCCCCGCUCCGCCCCAGCUGCCGGUCGAGGGCACCCCCUUUCGCCCUCCGUCGCCCCCAGCCCCGUGCGCGGCCGCCAUCGCGACCGUGGCCUCGCCGUGCGGGGAAGUACCGGCGUCGGGCGUACAGCCCCCCGUACGGCGGCUGCUACAGGUGAAGCCGGAGCAGGUGUUGCUGCUGCCGCCAGGGCCACCGCUGCCUCCGGCGAGGGACGAAGACGCCGCCGCCUCGCCCGCGCAGGCGCGGCUGCUGCAGUUGAGGCCGGAGCUGCUGCUGCUGCCGCCGCCGCCGCCACCCACACCCGAGGGCGCCCCCUGCAGGCCCGAGGUGCACCCGGUGCCGCCCCGGGUGCUGCAGGUCAAGGCGGAGAAGCAGGAGCUGGGGCCCGGCUCGGAUCCCUCCGCGGGGCCUCGGAGGGCUGUCGAGGCGAGCCCCAGGGCCUCCAGGACGGCCAAGGUGGAAGGCCCCGGGCCGGCCCUGGACAGUCGCCGAGGGGACCAGAAGAAGAGCAAGUUGGAGGUGGAGGAGGUCAUGCGGGCCGCGGAGAAAGGCGGGGAAGGCAAAAGCCUGACGGCCAUCAGAGAGAGAAUCAUCAAGACCGAGGAGCCCGAGAGACUGCACGAGGACUGCAGACUCGACAGGGAGCCCGCGUCGAAUGGGCUGGUCCAUGGCGGCAAGGAGGUGAUCCUGGCCCAGCCGUCCAGCGCCUUCGGGCCGCACCAGCAAGACCUCCGGAUCCCUUUGACUCUCCACACGGUCUCCCCUGGGGCCCAGAUCCAGUUUCAGGGACCGCCACCUUCAGAGCUGAUACGAUUGACCAAGGUCCCCCUGACACCAGUGCCUAUUAAAAUGCAGUCCUUGCUGGAGCCUUCUGUAAAAAUUGAAACCAAAGAUGUCCCGCUCACCGUGCUUCCCUCAGACGCAGGAAUACCAGAUACUCCGUUCAGUAAGGACAGAAAUGGCCAUGUGAAGCGACCCAUGAAUGCAUUUAUGGUUUGGGCAAGGAUCCACCGGCCAGCACUAGCCAAAGCUAACCCAGCAGCUAACAAUGCAGAAAUCAGUGUCCAGCUUGGGUUAGAGUGGAACAAACUUAGUGAAGAACAAAAGAAACCUUAUUAUGAUGAAGCACAAAAGAUUAAAGAAAAGCACAGAGAGGAAUUUCCUGGUUGGGUUUAUCAGCCUCGGCCAGGGAAGCGAAAACGCUUCCCUCUAAGUGUUUCCAAUGUAUUUUCUGGCACCACACAGAAUAUCACCUCUCCAAAUCCUACAACAAUUUAUCCUUAUCGCUCACCUACCUACUCUGUGGUAAUUCCCAGCCUACAAAACACCAUCAUUCAUCCAGUUGGUGAAGCCCCACCUGCCAUCCAGUUGCCCACACCUGCAGUCCAGCGUCUAAGCCCCAUCACACUUUUCCAGCCUGCCGUCUCCAGUACUGCCCAGGUGGCCGUUCAGGCUCCAAAUCUGCCCCUCCGCCCAGCACUCUCACCCCAGCGCUUUGCUGGGCCCUCCCAAACGGACACUCAUCAGCUGCAUUCUGGAGCCAGUCACUCUGUAAAGAGACCUACUCCUGUCUCUCCGGAGAGCACCAAUAGGAUUUCAACUAGUGCAAGUACUGCCCAUGCCAGAUUUGCAACCUCGCCCAUCCAACCUCCCAAGGAGUAUCCAAGCGUUUCCGCUUGUCCCAGAGGUGCUCCAAUCCCCCAGGCUCCUCCUCUUCCACACUCACACGUCUACCAGACCCCACCCCUUGGCCAUCCAGCCACAUUAUUUGGGACACCACCUCGAUUCUCUUUUCAUCAUCCUUACUUCCUGCCUGGACCUCACUACUUCCCAUCAAGCACGUGUCCCUAUAGUCGGCCUCCCUUUGGCUAUGGAAAUUUUCCAAGUUCAAUGCCAGAAUGCCUUGGUUAUUAUGAAGACAGGUACCAAAAACAUGAGGCUAUGUUUUCAGCUUUAAAUAGAGACUAUCCUUUCAGAGACUACCCAGAGGAACGCACACACAGUGAAGAUUCUCGGAGUUGUGAGAGCAUGGAUGGGACCUCUUACUAUAACAGUCACAGUCACAGUGGGGAAGAAUUCCUAAAUCCCAUGCCUCAGCUCGACAUUGGAGUCUUGGAGAAUGUCUUAACAGCUCCUACAUCAACUCCCUCUAGCAUCCAGCAAGUCAAUGUCACUGAUAGUGAUGAGGAGAAAGAAGAAAAAGUGCUUAGGAAUUUAUAA